AUGGGGGGACCACGUUCCGAUUCGUCCACUUGGCCUACUUCUCGCCAAGUGACUUUUAACGAAAUUUGCGAAUUUGUCUGGGGGGAAAAUGUCAAAGGGAUGCCUGAUCAUGUGCAGGAAGAAAUAAGCAAUUUUCUUUUUAAAUUUUAUCAAGCGCACAAGUUUUUUACAUGCGUGGAGUUGGAGAAUUUAAACAAUUUCUUAACAUUACUCAUACGAAAUUUUAGGGAUCAUACGAAUGACAAAUUUUGUAUGAAAAUUUUCUUGUUACAUUUUAGAAAUGUGUCUGCUUCGUUUGUGAAGAAUAACAGAGCCGAAGAUGGGCUAUACGUAAAGCAGAUCACGCGAUACUUUCUAUGUCUGCACGAGUUGCUCAGACAUUUGAAGGAGAGGCAGCAGGGGGAGACUGUGCGAACAGGGGAGAUUGGAAAGAGUACUUCAGAAGAUGAAUCUCUUUUGGUAGCGUCCAUAGCGAAAUAUCUGAACUUAUUCUUGGUGUCCGCGCUGAGGUUGGUCGAAAGGAACUACUUGGCGCGCUUGUACUGUACGAUCAUAUCUCAUGGGAGAAUUGCCGAAAUUCUGGCCAAUGCAUAUGGCCAAAAUGAAGAAGCCGAUGAGGAUAUCAUUCAUAGUUUUGUUUUACUAACGGAGCGAAAGGAAUUUGAUAAACAUAUAAUAAAAUGCGGAAUCAUAAAUAAGUUUACCACGUCGCAGGCACUAAACCAGAGCAAGGCCUCUCCUAAAAACAGCUUCAUCAUUCAGGUAUUAAUAAAAAUAGCUAAACGAAAUUUCAAAGAGCUCAGAAUAUAUACCUCCAAGAGUAACCUCCAAUUUGUUAACUCUUUAAUAGAAGUUGUGCACUAUAAAAUUACAGAAGGAGACUUCGGUCUGUCUUGUGCUAACUUGUUAAGAUUAUUUUCGUACAUCGUAGAGGGGGGGUUGUGUUCCGCUGGUUCUCCCCUAUUUGAUCAUCAUACUCACGACGUUUCUGAUACUGAUGAAAUUUUAUUUUUCGAACAUAUGAACAAAUUAAUUGAGAAUGUAGAAUGUCUGGUUCGGUCGGCUAAUCUUUGCAACCGUGUACAGGAGAAAGAUGAUCCUUUUGGUUACUUUCUCGGCGCCUUUUUCUGUGCCCUCCGAAAUGUACUGCAAGCUGUACUUAAUUCGGACGAGUCGGUAACUUCCGCAGGGUGCGAAGAUAUUGGGGACUGUAAACCUAGAGAGAGCUGUUUGCAUUCCUGCUGCUUUUCCAACCCAUUGUGGGCGCUUCACCAAAACUCCCAAAUGAGGGGAGAAGUGGAAAAAAUGAUUUGUAGCAUUUUGGAUAUGAUCCUUAGCUUCUUAGUCCACUGUAGUUCUCCCCUUCCAGAUGAAAAGAAAUCGCUUCACAUGUUAUGCUUCGAUAUCGUUAACGCGAUAAGUAGCUGUCAUUUGGCAUCUACAAUGGAGAAGAAAAAAAUUGCAGAAAACGUGAUACCUUUCAUGAUUGGCAUCCAUAGUAACGAAAAGGUUGCAGAAGGGAAGGACAAUUAUCUGUACCUCAAGCAUGUGGAAGCUCUAUUUUUCCUGUGUUUACAUAAUGAAUACGUGUGCAGGGAAUACUUUAAGGAAGAGUUUAUCAAGCUUGUGGAAGAACUAUAUCUCAAAAUUGAUCAGCGUGAGAAAGUUGAAAAUGUAAAGAAGAAGGAAGAAUGUGAUUUAUUGAAACUCUACUAUUUUGGUAUACUAUACAUGUUUGCGCAAAUGAACAUAAAUAAUGAGAAGGAGAAGAAGAAAAUUUCCCUCCCUUUCAUUAAUUAUGUAAUAGUGAACGAAUUGCAAAAUAAAAAGUUUCUUCUCGAAAACCACGUCUACUGCUUGCUCUUUUUGCGCUUUUUAAAUAUGUCUCUGUUAAACAAUUUAUAUGAUUUUAAAAAGUUCGCCCAAGGAGUUUCAUUGGUGCAUUUCCUCAAAGUAGUUAGGGGGGUUGACGCAAGCCUUAAAACUGCGGCAUUAAAUAUUCUAGUACAGUGGAUGGAAAGAGAUCACUGCUUGAAGUUAAUCAAAACGCACGUGAAGACAAAUAAACAGAUAUUCCACAUUUUGCUAGAAAUCUGGAUACUCGUCCAUGAUGAAAUGACAGGGGAGAAGAAGGAUUCUUUGGAAGCGUCUGCAAAAUGGGAGACAGUACUGUACAUAAUACAUCACAUAUUUAAAAGACUAACAAAUGGGUUUACCAAAUAUUUGAGUUACUUUUCGGAACACCAGGAUCUCCUCAGCAAUUUCAAAAGAGUGAUGACUUUCGAAGAGAAAUACAUUUUGGAAAUAUAUUCUCAAAUAUGUCAGGAUGUUGAAGCAAACCGAUUGGGAAUUCUCGAGAAGGACAGAAACUGCCUUAACGACAAGGUAAAAUCGUGCGCAGAGAAAAUAGAACAGAUGGAAAAAAGGCUCCAGGUUACGACGGAGGAGAGUUAUAGGAAAAAUGUCGACGAAUUGGAGAAUUAUUACAACUAUGUUAGGGCGGGAGGCGAAUUUUAA